AUGGGAUCUCAAGAAGUGCGAUACAUCGAUGCGAACUUUUGGUCUUCGAAAAGAACUCCGAAAAAAGGACAGGCGUACACCUUUGAAUGGGCAUUUUCCACAGAAGAUUGGAUUUUUUGGGAAGGAGCUAGUCCUGAAGACUCAACACGAAGCAUGCAGCCUCUCCAGCUCAGGACGCGCUCUGUUCAGCCCGUAACCGCAGCGGGUCAUCACCACCACACUGACUACACGAUUUACUACUACAACGAGUCACCUUCCGCAAACCCGCAUAAGACCUUCGAUGCCGUCCAGAAAUGUUUCGCUGGGAAGCGACACAAAUUUCUUCAAGUAAAUAUAACAGAUGUCAACGAGAUGGGCCCAGUUGUCAAGGAACGAUUCUACGAAGAAUUUCUAAAAGUCGAGUUCCAAACGGCACUAUCGGCAGCUGCUGGCGUCGGCUACUUGCGCAUCAAUCGCCUUCGAGGAUUGACCUGUGGGGACAAGAUCUGUUACAUUCAAUUUUAUCUACUUGACAAGCCAGCUCACAAAACAGCUGAUAAGGAGCUCGGAUUAAACGAGGCGUUCAAUUAUCUACAAUAUCAGAUACAGGCUGAAGAGGUCCGAGUGGAUAUGUCCAACUACGUUGGCUACACUGCCGUCUUUUCCGCCGCCCCUAAUACGCUGAGAGACAAGGAGAUAAUUGAUGAAAAUGUCAAGUAUGAAGAUAAAUAUGUCGUUGACGGAUAUUCCGAUGGUGCUUUUGUCAGGGAUGAAUUACCUACCUGUAGUUGA